GUGCCUCACGAGAGCUUCUGGAGGCUAUCCGUUAAGAUACGAGUCUAACCGUCUGGAUUCCGCUCCUGCUAGACUUUAAAUGCCCAACAUUUUCAGAGGCCAAGCAAAAUGCUAAGGAGAGAAACAUCACGAUCCUAUCAGGAGUUUAAUGGUGAAGACAGUGAUGGACCACUUGGAUCUUGCCAGAAUAAUGACAUCUCUGAAGUGGAGCAGGAUGAAUCCAGUUGUGAUCCUUUACCAGAUGAGGACAUCGUGGACAACAAUCUAAUGUCCAUUGCUUUCAACAAGGCUUGCCUUAAGAAUGUUUUCACGGCCAUCCUUGUCCUUGUUUACUUGCUGCUCUCUACGGUGGCUGCAUUCUUGGCCUACCAAACCAUAUCUGACUUCAUGGAGAAGCUCAACCAUCCAGUGAUGUCUGUUUCAUACAAAGAGGUUGAGGAGUUUGCUCCACCAGGAAUUGUGCUGUAUCCAGGGAAGGCACAGUUAUUAAGUUGCAUGCAUCAAUAUCAUGACUACAUUCCACCUCCUGUUGCAUCAGGCAAAUUAGAGAAGGGAAACUGUAUAAUUGAGGAGGUCAUUUAUUAUGGGCCAUAUUCAAACCAAACGCAAAAGCGAGCAAUGGUGGUCAGAGGUCCGACUGAUGUGAGGAAACGAGAACUUAUAUUCCUGCAAUUCAGCCGGAAUGAAACGGAAGAGGAUUUCAGCGCAAUCAGUUACAUGAUUUUUGCCAAAUUCAGUGAUAUGCUUGAAAGCCCAGAUAAGGCUGCUUUUAUGAUGGACUGUGAAAGGAACUACUCAAUGUGGACCUUCUCUGGAGGGUUUCGAACCUGGGUUAAAAUGUCUUUGGUCAAGACAACAGGGAGAGGGAAUGAAUCGGUGGAAUUUAGGCAAGAGUCCAGUGUUGUGAAGUACAUCGACAAGAGGCCCCCACUGGAGCAAGCCAAUGAACUUUUCUUUGUUGUGUUCCAAUGGCGAGAUCCAUUCAUACAGCAGGUCAAAGAUAUAGUCACUGCAAACGCAUGGAACACCAUAGCCAUUUUGUGUGGCGUAUUCAUGGCUCUAUUUAAAGCAGCAGACUUUGCCAAACUCAGCAUUAAGUGGAUGAUUAAAAUUCGUAAAAGACACUUAAGUGCAAAAAUGAGAGAAAUGAGCCAAAUUGGCUAAUUCUUACUCUACAUCAUAAAACAACAACACUGAACAUUUCAAAUGGAGUUUUUAAUUGCAAAUAUUAAACACACUCAGAGUUCUGCAAAACUAAUUUGGAGUAUUACACUUUCAUAAUUUUUACAUUUAUGUAUUUGGCAGACGCUUUUAUCCAAAGCGACUUACAGAGCCCUUAUUACAGGAACAAUCUCAUAAUAAUGUACUGAUGUUAUAUUUAACUGGAUAAUAGAUUUUAACUUGACAUUAUGAUGUACCUACUGAUAGUAUUGUGCAGAGGGGAUGUUGAGGCACAUUUUCUGCAGGUAACGGCACUACAAGGGCAAAGUGUAUUUAAGUGGUUGUGACACUGAAAUAUUAACUAAGCUGGUUGAUUAACACCCAUUCUCAGUGAGAUUCAGUUUGUGGAAAUGAUGACUAGGGUGGGUUGAAACCGGUUAGGAUGAGAGCUGAAAUUAAUAAGGAUUUUGAAGAUGUGGGCCAUCGGUUAUUUUAACUUAACCAUUUUAGAACGAUCAAUAAUUGCAGAGCACAAAAUGUAGCAAUUUUCUGAAGGUUAGAGAAUUCUGUUCUAGCUUUUUAAACUUUUGCUGUCAGUGUGAAUGUAAUAUAUUUUUAUUAAUAUGAUAAAUGCUGUUUUAACCUAUACAAAUUGUAUGCAAUAAUUUCAUUGAUUGGAAACAUGUAAACAUAUUAUUAUUUUAUCAUUCUGAUGGACAGGGCUGUUUCUGAGCAAGUGGGGGUCCCUAAGUGAAUUUAUUGCUAACACAAAAUUUGCAAUAAAUUACCAAUAAAUAACAAGACAAAUUAAUAAUAAAUAACUAUAAAUAACCAUAAAAUUAAAUAAUAAUAAAAAAAGACCUUAUUAACGGGGGCCCUAUUGGCUCGGUGGCCCUAAGCGGCUGCUUAUACCACUAAUAGCUAUUAGCAACGUCCCUGCUGAUGGAUCUCUUACAGAAGAUCUUUGAAUUUGUAUUUUGAUUAUUUUUAUCCCCAAGUCUAUGGUGCUGUGUUCAUUUCUAAUAAUGAAACAAACAAAAGUAUAAUUCGCCCCAAAAUUUUAUGAACCUAUUUGACUUUCUAUCUUCAGUGGAAAUCAAACGAUGUUAGGCAGAAUGUAGGGACUGACCAGCUCCGUCACUGUUCAUUUUCAUUGCAUCUUUUUUCCUAAUUUGUUAAUUCUGCCUAACGUCUCUGUUUGUGUUCUACAGAAGAACGUAAUAUGUGUUUGGAACGGCAUGAGGCUGGCUAAGUUAUGACAGUUUCAAUUUGUGGGUGAAAUUUCCCUUUAAUAUUUGCAUACAUGUGAUGGUCAAAUGACAUGCGCUGGCCGUUUUAUAUAUAUGUAUAUAUUUAUAUAUAUGUAUUGAUGUCUCAGGGGACAAAAUAUGUGUUUUAAUCUACUAUUCUUAAUAUUUGAUGGGAUCUUAAAAUGCAUUAUCUAAGUAUUACUGACUGUGUACAGAAAUAUUUUUUACACAGUUUAUUUAAUGUAUUUAUCCCUGUGGUUACUGUUCAAUCAAGAAUGUUUAUGAGGGGGUUGGAAAUUAUGGCGUAGACUUUUAUCUCAUGGAGGAAUAAUGCCAGAGAAAAUGAUUCUCUCUCUCUCUCUCCUUUCUUAUUCCUUUCUGAACUUUUUUAGUUAGCAUUCAUGUGUAUACUACAGUUAUGGAAUUUGUUUGCUGUUGUAGCUUAUGUUACUUGAAAUUUGUUUUUAUACCUUUAUUAAAAAAGUAAUUCUGACUUUUUAUUUUAUAUCAUAAACUGUUAAUAAAU